AUGCGAUCUCUCACCCAACUGGAUGACUACAAUCAGCUCCUUAUGGCCAUAUCUGAAAAAGAUAUCCCCUACAUCCACCAAAUCAUUGACAUUGCUCUACGUCAUGGUUCCAGUGUGCAGGAGGUUGUUAAUAAGCUUGAGGAUGCUCUCGAGGGUGCAUACACCCCUCGAGGUUAUGGUGCUGAUGACCUCAACAUUGCAACUCUUGUUUUCAGGCUCGGUGGGCGCCAGCUCCUGUUUGCACUGAAUCAAUCACUCGGUCUCCCCUCUCUCCAUACUCUCUGUUCCAAAUUGAUCUUCACCUCAAUUGUGCCAACCAUUGGUCCUAUACGAGAUGAGCAGUUUGACCAGAAUAUUUGGAACAUUGUCAUGACCACAUGUGCACACUUGUCACUCGCAUCAUUGCAUGGUGUCAGUCUGAUGAUUGAUGAAAUUGCCCUUGAGGAGAUGGCAGUUCACUUUAGCAAGUAUAAUAAGGUUGGGGGACUUUGCUGGAAGCAUUCCCAUGUUGUAGAACCCGUCCUCCGCACAUACAAGUCCACUGUGCACAUCGCGCAAAAAAUUCACAAUGGCAAACUUCACCUUGGGAAGGAACUCACAGUGAUCAGCAUCUCUUGCUUUGGCAAAGAUGAGAUCUAUCCUAUUUUAGCGGCACCCACCUGCAAGUCCGAAGAUGCCUCUGAUAUGGAAUGUAUCCUUGCCCAUGCCAUUGGUAGCUGGAACAGGACUGGUGCAUCAGAGUCCGUCAGCCCAAUCUGGUCAUUAGCGACAGAUGGUGAUGUGACUAGGCGUGCUGCUGGUCAUAAGUUAUUUGUCAGGUUCCCACUACCUCCUGAAUCACCUUUGUAUGGGACGCUCCAUGUUUUCAAAUGCAUUUGUACACUUAUUUGGGCACCUGGGGGAAUAGUCCUAAACAAUGGCCGUGUCAUAAAUUCAAUGAUGCUUGCAUGGUAUCUGGUGUGGUUGCCCGCCUAUGAUGAAGCAGCAGUAAUGAAACUCCUUCACCCUGACAAUCCCCAAGAUGUCCCUCGUGCUGUCGAACUCAUGCUUGCUAUCAUCAAGUUCUCAAAAUCUCAGUGCCAUGUCUUGAACAACUCAUUUUCCCUCAUAGUUGACACUCAUGCCGACCUUAUUUCAAUUUCUCUCCUCAGUGCGCUGCUUGAAUCAAUUCUUACUCCAUUUAUCAAUCAAUUCCAAUACCUCAGUCAUUAUGUGCACCUGGCUUAUGCAUUUUUUCAUGCUCAUCGGCGCUCAUUCAUGUCCUAUCAGCUUUAUCAUGACACUCAAACCAUGGUGAAGAAUGCUUGCUUCUCUCUAGCCAAGCAACAGUCACUGGACCCGCACGCUCGCUUUUACCUUGGCAAUGUUGGAGACAACCCCCUUGAGAUCCUUUUUGGUUGUACACAUAUGAUUGGGGGACACAACUCAGCAUGCUCUUACGCUCAGGCCAUCAAUCGUCUUGGUGCUGCAAAGGAUAUUGAUGGUGUUUUUAAACGUCAUCCCGAGCUUGAUCCGGUUGAUCAUAUCAAUCACGAGAUCUGGAAGGGUGAUAAUGUUGUGAACAGAUGUGAUCUCCUGUUGGUGUGGCGCAAUGGUCGUGAUUUGGCGCUCUCCAUUCUCAUCACAUCACAGCUUGAUUUGGUUCAUUAUUCCUUUGCUGAUCAUUUCAACAACCCUAACAUCGACAUGCUGCGUCUGUUUGGACAGAACAAAUACUUCGGCAUCACAACGGAGGAGGAACUCGAAGACCCAAGCCAUACCAUCUUGUCAACUGAGGAUGGCAAUAUGCUUCAGCUAGAUGAGUAUAAUGGACAUGUAGAAGAAGACGAGAUCAUGCUGACAUUUCAAGAUUCAGACGCGCUUUCCCCAUCAUUGCCACAUGGACCCAGGAUACGCCCAGACGACUAUGUGUUAUAUGAUGGACGCUGGAUCCACAAGCAGACUAUAUGUCGACUCGUCAUCAACAAGGACUUUGUAUCAAAGUCUCUCAAUCGGCUCAAGCAUGUCCGGGAAGGCUAUACAAAGGUGAAUAAAUGA